AAUUGUUAUAAGAUUUAGAGACAACAUAUGUCAGAGCACAGCAGAUACCAUGGAGUCUGGUACACAGUAGGUGCUCAGUGACUGUAAGUUGUCAUCCUCAUGAAGUUAACGCUGAUGGGGAAUAGUCAGGAUGCCACAGCUCCGCAUUAGAAGGAAGUUGGGGAUUGUGAAAGAAUGGUACUCUUGGCCUCCCUUUGUUGUCUUUUUUUAUCUUGUGACAUUGCAGACACAGGUAUGAAAGUUUCAGGUCUCAUCUAAAAGGGUUGAACAGUCUCAGGUCAGGAUGGCAGCUCACCGCUGAUUGGCUAGCUCUUGGCCCAGCAAGUUAGGACUCUCACACCAGGUAAGCAGUCUGUCCCUAUAGUACCCCAGGUCUGGUUAUGCUACUCACAGGCUGAAGGGCUGAAGAAAGUCCUUUAUUCCAAGCCUAGUUCAAUUUCUAUAAAAUACAUAUAAUAAUCUGACCCUAGAGAUGGGUCUAUUGAUGGUAUAGUGAUAGAUUCACUAAGGGUUAUUAUAUGUUUUGAAAGAAAAAUCAAACCCUUAAUGAGUAGCAUGUUUAUUUAAAGAACACCUUUCUUUGCAGAAAAUAGAAAUGUUUUAACUUCUUUAUUUUGUAUCAUUUAUUUAUUUAAUGUGCAUCUUAAAUGGCUUGGGCUAUGUCAUUAUUAGCUAUGAUAUGUAAACUCCUAAAGGCAAGAAUGAUGUUUGCUUCAUUUAUUUUUUAGAGCACCCCGAAUAAUGCCAUGAACAAUGAGGUUUUUUCAUCCAUUUACAUGCUACAGUUGCAGACUGGAAUAUAAACUGUAUCUCACACUCAUAAGGAAUACCAUUUCAUUCUUAGUUUAGACUUUCAAGAACCUGAAAUCAAAUGAAACAGUUCCAUUACAACAGCAUUGAAUAUCCUUACAUGCAGCACAAAUGGAUACUUAUUGGUUUAUUAAUUUUUAAAGUAUCAACAUUCAUUGACUUUCUAUUACAAAAGCCUGCCCCAAGUAGAAAAUGUGACAAAUGCUGAAAGCUACUUAGAAAAAAAGUCAUUUUUAAGUACCAUGCUGGAAGAUAAUCACGUUGAACAUCUUAAUAUUUUUUUCCUGUGUGAUUCAUUUUAAAGUGUUAUUAAUAUGAUCUAAUCCUUAACUCAUUUUAAGACAUUCAAAUGUUUCUUCUCACUGUGAUUUCCAUCCUUUCAGUUAGCGAUCCCAUGUUCUCUCCAGGAAGAAUUAUUGUUUUGUUAUCUUUCAAUCUAUUGAAAUGUGUUGUGAGUGAAAGGAAAAAGAGUUUGCCCUGAGCUGCUGGUGACUGCCUCCUGUUUCGAAGGAAAGUUGUGGUUACCGCGAAGGAAAAUCUAAUCCAUCUUGCCCCAGUGCACUUGGUCUCCCAGAGCCAGGUGAACUACCUUUGACUGUUUCCCUAGGAUUAUGUCACCCACCAAGGUAACUUUCUGUUUCAGUAGGCGAUGUUGAGAAACAAAACAACACCCUUUAAGUUAAUCACUUUUGGAAAAUAGAGAAUGGCUUUAUAUCCCAAGGCUUUGAUGUGUUUAGCGGUUCCUGUAAGGCUCUGCCUCCCUUUUGUUUUGAUUGACGAGACCUUUCCUAUAUAUUUGAGCAAUCGAGCAGCCCAGUAACAGAGGGUAGAGGCAUUUACCCAGAGCAGACUUGUACCGCUCAUCGUGACUUUACAAAGCCUUGGGUGCAGGUUUCAGCUUUAAAGAAGAGGCAGCUCCAGUAAAAUCAGGUAAGUGCUUCUGCAUACUUGUAACUUCGUUCUACUUGAGGGUGAGUCCAGAAGCCUUGCUAAGGUGACAGAUCAGAAGUAGGAACUGGGAGAUCAGUUUGGGAAUAAAUAACUUUGCAGCCAGUUUUAAGUCAUAAUGAACUGGGGGUGUUCUAUAAGUGUAGUGUCCACCCUCAUUUCAACAUCCAGGUAUGUUCCGUCUGGUGGGCCAAGCAUGAAAGGAGUGAUUCUGGCUCCUGAAAAAGCACAGGAAAUGACCAAGACCCAGAGAGGAUAGACAGUAGAUUGGUAGUUGACAGGGGUUAUGUUUUAAACACCCAUGAUGCUUUCCAUCAUUUGGCUUUAAAUUCACUCACUACGAGGUGCCUAUUAGAGUGGAGGUUAGUCCAGAGGGAAUUUGUAGCAAGUAGGACACAUUCUUAUGAAUGGCCACCAAGUCAGGUGUGAGGAUUCACAUCUGCAUAUCCAAGUUUUGUGGUGGGUUGGGUUAGUAGCAAUACGUAUGGGGCAUACAAUUAUUGUUUAUUUACCUCCGCCCUCCAUUCCCCAUCCAUGAUGUUGGAAAUAUAAUUGUGAGCAAAGCAUGUAACAUAAUUCCAAAUACCCUGAUCUGAAUAAGAAUUUGUGUAUAUCCCUGUAUUAUGUUAGGAUAUGCAUUACUUUUGGUGUUACUCAUAUUCUGUGUUCAUUUUGAAGAGACGAUUGGGACAAACUUCUUUCACCCACAAGUCAAGUCCAGCAGGUGGACUGCUAUAAGGAAAAGCCUGAGGAUGCCCUUGGAGGGUUGGAUGUCUAGUGAGCUCAGUGGGUCCGUGGAAUCCAUAUUGGAGCCACUUGGAGGAAACGCUGGGCAUUUGUGUUGGAGUCUGUGGGCACUUACAAUUUCUUGGCUCAUUUCUCCUGAAAUGCUAAGAGCGAUGUCCCUUUGAUAGCGACCAGCACAUUGAUGGCAGUCCCAUGGAGGCAGCUGGAUCUGUUAAUAAACUCUCUUUCCUCUCCCUCUCGGGGAACAGUAUGAGGCUGGCAUACCUCUUCCUUGGCCCUGCGGCCCUCCUCCUCCUGGCUGGCUGCGGCUGUGUCCUCAGCACCUCCGGCGGGAACCUGCACACGUUUGUGGGCUGUGCGGUGAGAGAGUUUACUUUCCUGGCCAAGAAGCCCGGCUGCAAGGGCCUUCGGAUCACCACGGAUGCCUGCUGGGGCCGCUGUGAAACCUGGGAGAAGCCCAUUCUGGAACCCCCCUACAUUGAAGCCCAUCAUCGAGUCUGUACCUACAAUGAGACAAAACAGGUGACGGUCAAGCUGCCCAACUGUGCCCCGGGAGUCGACCCCUUCUACACCUACCCCGUGGCUGUCCGCUGUGACUGUGGGGCCUGCUCCACUGCCACCACGGAGUGUGAGACCAUCUGAAGCUGGGCGACCCUCAGAACACAGCUGGCGGCCUGCGGCCUCACGGACCCACCUGCACGGGCAGCACAAGCAGCUAUACCCCCUGCGCUCAAGGACUGUUUAAUUUCGACCCUACUUGUGGAGGAGGUUACCUGUCUCCCUGACCCACCCUCAGGCGCCAGGCCGAGGCAGCAUACUUAUGCUAAAAAUGCAAAACAACGUUUGUGCCUUCGCUAAGAUAAUUUCUCUGGUCCACACACUGCAAAUUAAUUUUUCUUUACCUUGAAUCUCAGAACAUAAUUCAUAUAUCACAACCCUCCUCCAAUUUGGAUUUUUAAUAAGCCAAUGUUUUAAAUGCGUUGGGCAUAAUUAGGAAACGGGCCUAGAAAGACUUUAAAUUCUCAUGUCUUAGGUAAUGACGGGUCUCCAGCUGGAUUUAUGAUUAAAGCGCCAGAAAUUAAUAAAACCAAUGUUUUAGUCCUUAUGGCCUCCAAGAAAAUCCAGGUGCAAGCUCCCUUAGAGAAAAUACUUUCUUUUCCUUUUAACUGAGCAAUUACCGACACAAGAAAUAGAGACUGCUCAGAUUAAAAAAGGGAGGAUGAUAGAGGCUCAAACGGAAAGGUGUCUGGAUUUGGGUGAUUCUUUUCCCAAGCAAAAUUCCGAAGGUCCCUUUAAGAUCCUUAUAAAGAGAACCCUUUGUGAAUAAAAAAACUCAGAAAAAAAUAUGUAAUCAGAGCUAUCAUAUACACUUAAAAAAAAAAAAACCUCACGAAACUAAACUCAUGUUUUUAGACUCAUGUGAUGCUCUCCCAAAGCCAUGCCCCAAAUGAUCAAUCACAAUUAUUCUUUCCAACUGGGCAUAUUUUAAAUUUAAACUGGAAUUUUUUAAACUCAAAAGUUUUACAUGUUUGUAGGGGUAAAAGUGUACUGCUGACUCAGAGGAAAAAGUCUGUGAUUGUCUAGCUCUUGCCCUUGCUAAAAUCUUACAGCAGCUGAUUCUCUGUGACUUUAAAAAAAAAACUCUAAUGUUACACAGGUGUCUUUAAUUCUGACAUUUUUGGGGUUGAAAUGAACCUUGUUCCUUUUUCACAUUAUGCCAGGAAAAUCUGUAUUAAUGCCAAUAAAGCA